CAAUUCCAACAACAAACCACUCCUCUCGGCAGACUAUUCACCAUCCCUCAAGCAUCCCGCAACAGUCAUGUCUCCGUCCGCAUCGCCAUCAGCCUCUCCCGAACCCGCCGCUUCGAGCUCCACCUCCGCCGCGGCGGCCCCGGCGCCCAAAGUCUCGCAAUACCAACAAGGUCGUAAACAGCAAGCCAAGGAGAAUGGUGGUAGGCGUAGAGCUGGAGGCCCUGGGAAGAAAGGAAAGGUCUUUGUUGAGGAUAAGAAAGACCUCCUGUCCCUGAUCUCAUCCAUCUCUGGCGAGGCCGAAGCGCUCUCGACGUCGCGUAUAUCGAAAGUCAAGGAUGUGCAGCAGGAGAAAGCGGUGCAGCAGUUCAAGAGGAAUCAGGAUGCGGGGGCUGCGGGAGGAAAGACGUUGAGCGGGGCGGAGAGGAAGAAGAGGGCUAGGGCUAAGGAACUUAAAGAAGCCAAGACAAAGGUCCUGGAGAAGGAGAAGGCGAAGAAAGAUAGGAAGGCCGGAAAACAAACACCGGCAGAUGGGAAGCCUGCGAAGAAGAGUGUCGGGUUUGCCUGAUUGGGCGGACUGUUGGCCGAUGGGAGGUGAUUUUGGGAUCUCUUAUGUGUACUUUGUAUCUGCUUG